GUGUGCGGGCAAGAGCUGUACAGUAAACAAUUCUGAUACGCUUGCAAUGAUAUACAGCAGAACUGCAUGCUAGUGCAGACGUCGCAUGCCGCAUGUGCACGCCUGUCAGUGGAGCCUGGGUGCACAUAGCCAUAUAAGCUGGAGCAGGAGGAAAACAAGCUCACGCGCUUAUUUGGGCUCUCCUCGAGGGACCGUGAUUGCAUGAUGAGAGAGAAGAGAACUGCAGCUAUAAUGAACGAAUGUAAAAUCUACCCCAGAUUUUAGGCAGACAUUGGUGGAUAAAAAAAGAAACUCGGCCAGCAAUGGAGAAUCAGGCGGCGAUGGAGCCGCAGAGCUACGAGGACGUGCGGAAAAGCGGUUAUCUCCGCAAGCAGAAAUCUAUGCACCGGCGCUUUUUCGUUCUCCGGUCUGCCUCGGAGCAGGGCCCGGCCAGACUCGAAUAUUAUGAAAACGAAAAAAAAUUCCGAAGCAAAUCACCGGUCCCAAAGAAAGCAGUGAACCUGGACUCUUGCUUCAACAUCAACAAACGGGCAGAUUCAAAGAACAAGCACAUGAUAGUGCUGUAUACCCGCGGGGAGAGCUUUGCCAUAGCUGCCGACACCGAAGAGGUCCAAAACGAAUGGUACCAGGCCAUGCUGGAUCUACAAUGUAAAUGUAAGACUCCUGAGGAGUGUGGCAGUGCAGGAGACUGUGGACUGCCUUCCCCUGGCUCUGCCUUUAAGGAGGUCUGGCAAGUUAAAGUCUGGCCUAAAGGUUUAGGCCAGGCCAGAAAUCUAGUUGGAAUCUACAGACUUUGCUUGACAGACAAAACAGUCAACUUUGUCAAGCUCAACUCUGAUGUUGCAGCUGUGGUCCUCCAGUUGAUGAAUGUGCGACGCUGUGGCCACUCAGAGAACUUUUUUUUCAUUGAAGUGGGUCGUUCUGCCAUGACAGGCCCUGGAGAAUUCUGGAUGCAAGUAGAAGAUUCGGUGGUGGCGCAGAACAUGCAUGAGACCAUUCUUGAGGCUAUGAAGGCUCUGAGCGAAGAGUUUCGUCAAAGAAGCAAAUCCCAGACUGUUGGUGUGAGCUGUGGAGGAGGAACUGCCUCUAACCCUAUCAGUGUACCUUCUCGACGACACCAUCCAAAUCUGCCACCUUCACAGGUUGGCUUUUCCAGACGUGCUAGAACGGAAACUCCUGGUGUCUCCAACAGCAACACAUCUCCAACUCCACGGCAUGGAUUUUCUAGGUCACGGACAGCCAGCAUUGGGGCUCGCACAGAUGAUGGAGGGGGCAGAGCAACGGCACUCAGCACAAGUCCAAGUCUCAAUGGUUCAUCCUGCUCAACUACCCCAACCCUGAGGCCUAAACCUACACGAGCACCCACUCCAGCAAAGAUCACCCUCAGCCUGGCACGAUACACCCCUAACCCUGCACCUUCCCCAGUCCCCAGCCUCUCAUCCAGCUCUGGUCAUGGGUCAGAAUGUGGUUUGGGUGGAGCUGUCUUUGGAACAAUGCCCAUCUGCACUUAUGCUCGAAUACCU